AUGGCAGUUUUCACGUCGGCUGAAUCAAGUUAUGUGACAUCAGAAAAUAGGCACUACGGUUCUUUCUAUGAGGCAAAUGAACAGGAUCGUUCUUGUUCUGAAUGGUAUUUUACCAGAAAGGAAAUCGAAGAACAUUCUCCCUCGAGGAAAGAUGGCAUUGAUUUGAAGAAAGAAACAUAUCUCCGAAAAUCCUAUUGCACAUUUCUUCAAGACUUAGGAAUGAGGCUUAAAGUGUAAGUUUUCAUGUACAACUUAGUGUUGUGAUUGCACUAUUUUUUUGUCUUUUAGGCUCAAUGAAAUAAUAACCUAGUGGAGAAUCAAAUAGGACUCGUACCAUUUAGAUGAGCUAAUCUUGUAACUUAUGAAACGAAUCUAUGUGAUAAUGAUUUUGUACCAGUCAAAUUCCAUGUUCCAUGAUGAGCGUCAUUGGUUUUAAAUGAUGGAUUUUGUCGAUUACAUUCUUGUCUUUUUUGUUUGAGUGGUAAUUGUUAGUAUUCAAGGUUUUAUUUGAAUAAAGUCUUUCAAAGUGAAUCUUUUAAUGCCACACAUUUGUCAAAAAUACUUGUUAGGUGUUGGUGACUUAUUCUGACUCAUCUAUAACAGAUUGUGCUAGUGGUUUGAAUCGUGUACCUAGUGACUAUCUUUCUUAUGUCUGUCCUUUGACUUUUCACUCAUAUGUUAUUUCUCCCUUUUCUGCUAUAAUUUUUUGCUUGCCUUAGUCUUUGAUAUUUUCAUAAUUUUUUUCUUCUUACUUCGCCAAUGCACUGGAGUCCUUAUAUAUUUGUGCAAUAAUUAUUAGUUGAUCAUCUCAUUAUACAAUUACCAUGGCCACAAAAAAAGGGAACUACCCAGGUUUAGGAAUUUGAUCAACUAAAAAAUUGACUGAAAGAAGCUAACUUCCAAUUUACACGUUUUUCCCACACUCCCCCUUAAGCUGGUGAAUAGGCAUUCCCUGUUCCCAGACUUUGAAAUACUGAACUACUAAAUCUCUUAGAAAGUACAUCCGCAAGUUGGUCAUGUGUAGACAUAUAAAGUGUACAGCCUCUCUCCAACUUCUCCUUGAUGAGGUAUUUGUAAAUCUUGAUCUAUUUUAUUCAAUCAUGUUGCACUGGGCUGUGAGCUUUGCUAAUUGCAGAUCUGUUAUAAUAAUAGAGUCUCAUUGGAGCAUCCCACCUAACGUUCAAGUCCUCUAAGAUGAUCUUCUACCAAAGAAGUUCACAUACCCUGAGCUAUUGCUCGAAAUUCAGCCUCUGCAUUAGAUCGUCAUAUCACAUUUUGUUUCUUGCUUUUCCAUGCCACGAGGUUGCCACUCAGAAAGCUGCAAUAUCAAGAAGUUGAUUUGCUAUCAACCACUAAUCCUGCAUAACCAGCAUUUAUGUACGUCUCAAGUCUGUUACACCCCAUUUGUUUCUUUUGAAUAGAAUAUCUUUUCCUGAUGUCUCUUCGAGGUACUCUAGCUUUUGUGGACUGGUGGCAUGAAUUGAGUAAUCACACGAACUGCAUAUGCUAAAUUUGGUCGUGUACGAGAUAGAUAAAUGAGCCUUCUUACCAAGCACUGGUACAUUUCCCUAUGUGCUACAGAAUAAUCCUGUUUUUCCAAGCCCAAGAUUCGGAUCUAUUGGAGUACUUGUUGAGUUCCAUGCUGUCUUGGUUGUUUCACUAAGACUGUUUAAUGAACGGCUUGUGAUCCCCUUGGCUUUGUCUCUAUCCUAUGACAAUAAUAACUCUUGUGAAUCAACCAAGUGCUCAAGGUAAUUGCAUAAGUUUGUAUGGAACUUUCUAUAAUUUACACACUAAAUAAGCUGCUAAAUUAUUUCCAUAUCUUUGUAGGACAUCCAUAUAAAUUCCACCGUUUGUAUUGACAAGAAGAUUCUAAUAGUAUUCAUCUUUGCAAUCAGAACAAACAUCUCUACGUAAUCAAUCCCAUAGGUUUGAGUAUAGGUUUGAGUAUAGCCCUUAGCAACCUAUGAGAUUGAUUGCUUAGAGUUGUUUGCUCCAGUACAACUAUUUCAUUCUUGACUAUAUAGAUCUAUUUGUUUGAUAUUUCACUCUAAAGAUCCAUUUACUCCUUGUGGGUCUGUUUCCUGCUGGCAGCGUUACUAACUCUCAAGUUUUCUUCUUCUCUAACACCUCCAUCUCCAUAUUCAUGCUUUGUUUCCAUUUCUUAUUAGACAAAGUCUUAGAUGAGGUGGUUUGGGUGGCAAUGGUGUUUAACUAAUAAGGCUCUAUAAGAUGGUGAAAAACAUUUAAAAGAAAUGAAGUGUGCAAGAGGAUGUAAGGGUUGUUUUGUGCAUUCUACAGUCCCUUUCCUAACGGCAAUGUGAAGAUCCUGGUUAUUGUUGCUCAUAUGAGAUUUAUUCUCAACUUGCAAUGGAUGCUUUGAAAUUAUUCCAUCAUUCUCAUGAUCUAGGUUGGAUUCUCAGGUCUGUGCAGAUCUACACACAUCUGUUUCCUCCCUUGAGAACACCUUCCCUUUACCAUAUCUUACAUUUUCAAAGGCAAUGUUAAAAUUUCCUUGAUGGUUUUCUACAGCUUCAAAUUCAAGUUAUGGCAUGGAUUCAGAUGCAGGUUCAGACAGGAAAAAUGAUAGACAUAGGAUGUGGCGGCAGAUAAAAUUUCCCAUCCUUAUCUUCAAUGAUUGAAUUCCCUCCUUGAAGAUGUGGUGUGGUGAAGUAAGACACUUGUUCAUAGAAAGUGACAUCCACUAAGACAAAAGUUCUUUGAUGGAGGGUGAUAACACUUGUACCCUUACGGAGUUGGAGAAUAGCUCACCAAGAGACACUUUAACGCCCUUGGACCUAAAUUCCUGCUAUGUUGACCAUGACCAUGAACAAAUGAUUUACAACCAAGAAUUAUAGGGAAAAGAUUAUUUGUGGUGCGUAGGCUUGGAUAGAAUAAUGGCAACAUUUCCAUUGGACUCUUGAAUCCUAAGACUCUAAGAGUCAAAUGAUUUAUGAGAUGAAUUGUUGUAAUAAUUCUUCCUCCCCAGAAGGAUUUAGGCACAUAUUUUUGGAACAGAAAGGCCUGGUUUACCUCAAGAAGAUGACCAUUUUUUGUUCAUGCUACUCCAUUGUCUUGUUAUGUUUUGACACAUGAUGGCGGAUGUAUAUAUGGAUGGGUAUGGAUGAGUGGACAUCAAUGUCGAUAUAAUAUACUGUAUAUGUCAUUCAUAUCUGGUACCAUCUAUGUGCUUCGUAUCAAUAUCACCAAAUAAACUAGGACAUCUUUCCUCUAUUUUCUUCAAGUUUUUUUUUAGGAUGUAUAGAUGAUGAUGUCUACUGAUGCUUCUACCUAAAAACUCUGUUAUUUAUAGUUAUGUUUGUAUUGUGUAUCAAGAUUUGGCCAUGCCUUGUCUCUUAGGCAUUAAGAGAGUGGGUCACUGCAUUGAUGGCUAUGCUCACAUCAAAAACCUGUACAAGGGAUUAGUUGUGGUUUUUAAAUUCUUGUUCUCAUGUCAUGAUAUUUCCUACAAAAUCUAACAGCCUAGUGACAGGUGAAUACUUGUCACACGUGUAUGUUUGAUGGAGCACCUUGUUUUUCAAGAGUCAAGACAUGAGAACACGUGUAUAUUUGUGCCUUUCUCUUCCUUCAUGGAACACCUUGUUUUUCAAAAGGCUCGCAAACAUUUGAGAGGUGUGGGAUCAGAGAGGGUAAUACUGACUGCUUAACUUGAUGAUUCUCUGACUAAACACUUGGAACCUGCCAAAAAAUCCUUAAUAGACCUCUUCGGGCAAACGAUCAUUGGAAGGUGCAGGAAUACUUAGUCUUAGCAAUGGCAACAGGAUAUGGACAUAAUGAUAGCCAACUGAUGUUCUUUUGGUUUUUAUUAGGACAGUCAGUAAGACAGUAGUGCAGUUAAAAACAGUGUUGUGGUCUGAAUCUCAUGCAGUCUAACAAGAAGCAACUUAAAUGCCCUAAUUUUAAUUCUGAAGAUGCAGUUCUGCAAUCAUAGACCUUGAAGUCACUAUGCAUAGUGUGGGAUGUCUCUAUAGGAUAAGAUGGAACUAAUUAUACUUGUGUGACAAGAAUAAUUAGUUGUGAGAACCUGGUUCGUGAAUAUUGGGCCUCCAGAGGAUUACUGUAGAAUGAAGGGUACAAUGAACUUGAGGACAAGCGAGGAACAGGGAUCAAGGAGACGGGAUGCAUGACUGGACUCAUAGAGAGAAGAAGAGAGUAUAAUAGAUUAAAACGGGUCUCUCUCCUAUCCUAUGCAUAUGAGAGGGAACAACUAUACUAGGUCUAGGACUGGCCCUAAUGAGCCAUUUGCACACGAAGCAACUAAUUAUUCUGAAGUAUACGUUCAGGAGAUGAAGGGACAAUGCCAUAUGGCUAUGAAAAAAGUAGACAGACGAAAUGUAAUGGACAGGUUGUUUAUACUAUUGUUAUUGAAGUGAUAUUCUUUCUUUAUUUCAUAUUAAAUGAUUCUUUUUGAUGUUGUUUAUGCUAUCUCCUUUUUAUUUGCCUAUGCUAGAAAGUAACAUUUUCUCCAGUCCACAGGUCACAAUAGCCACGGCAAUCAUAUUUUGUCAUCGCUUUUUCCUUCGGCAAUCUCAUGCGAAGAAUGACAGAAGGGUAUGGAUUGCAAUAUUUUUCAUGUUAUGGAAAUCUUAAUCUUUUGAGAGUCAAGUAUCCUUAUUCUGAACAAGUGAAUUGCCGAAGCCUUGUGCCAGUGAAAAUUCAUUUCUUGGUUCCAUUGAUUCUCAUCAAAUUCAAUGCUUGAAAUUCAUUGUCUUUAUUUAGAUAGCUUAUGGUUCUGUACCCUUAGUUCUUCCAGUUAGUGUAACAUGUUCUCUUUCGGUAGCUUAGGGGCAUGAAAGCAUGUUAGAUUUCGACUCUUUUAAUGUAUCAUUAUGGAUAGCGCAUUUGCUUAAGUUCAUUACUAAAAAUAUUGUGAUGCAUACUUGUAGCAUAAGCCUGACUUACUUGUGAGGAGUGGAAGAAUUUUUUGCUUUUUAAUGCAAAAGUUGAGAGGAAAACAAUGUUGCAAAAUAAAGGAAGUGAUUCAAAAUUAAACUUUUGUUCCCUUUGCUCUUCAUUCUCUAUCAUUCUUCUUUUUUUAUCUCGACAUAAAUUUUAAGAAGCAUGAAGCAGGAUGUUACAUCUAUAUUUGUCCAUUCUCUUCCAAUCUCCAUUUAUAUAGUGGGCCAUAUGAUGAGAGAAGCAUGUAACACCAUAUUUCUUUGACCUCAAUACUUCACAAUAUAUCUCUGACCAGUAGAAUAUAGUUCCUAUUCAGCCAUUUCACUAUGUCCUACACUGUAUUGAGCAAUACUGCUGGCAAAAUACUGCUGUUAUUUUUUUAAAACUUGGCUGGUCCAAUCAUAUUUAUUGAUAUGUCCCUCGCAGACUAUUGCCACAGUGUGCAUGUUCCUUGCUGGGAAGGUUGAAGAAACCCCUCACUCAUUAAAUAAUGUUAUUCUUGUUUCCUAUGACAUCAUUCAUAAAAAAGACCCAGCUGCGAGACAGAGAAUCAAGCAGAAGGUAUUAUCUACUUUAUCACUCUUUCAGCAUUUAAAAUUUUUUCCAACACUUUUCUUUUCUUUUCUACCAUUGUUUAUCCGUCUUGGCAAGUUCUCAAUCCUUCUCUUUUGAUUUUUUUUUCUUGGUAUGUUUUGCCUCACACCUAUUAUAUCCACUGUCAAACAGGAAGUGUAUGAACAGCAGAAGGAGCUCAUUUUACUUGGGGAAAGGGUUGUCCUCACCACCCUUGGUUUUGAUCUAAAUGUGCACCACCCAUACAGGCCACUCGUUGAAGCAAUAAAGAAAUUCAGGGUGGCUCAGAAUGCCCUUGCCCAAGUUGCAUGGAACUUUGUGAACGAUGGGUAAGCCCGUGCUCCUAUCUCAGUCUCCACAAUUGAUGCUCCUCGCCCGCCCCCUGUGGGUCGGCUUCCUCGUUUGACUGGUCUAAACGUUUGGACUGGCCAUGCAGGCUGCGGACAUCCCUUUGCCUUCAGUACAAACCUCACCACAUCGCAGCAGGUGCCAUCUUCCUGGCUGCCAAAUUCCUCAAGGUGAAGCUGCCGUCUGACGGCGAGAAAGUCUGGUGGCAAGAAUUCGAUGUCACCCCAAGGCAGCUGGAGGGUCGGUCCUCCCCCUACCCUGCUCUCCUCGCCCUCUUUCUUAUUUACCUUCUCGGUUCCCCUUCUUCCCUCCGCAGAGAGUAACCAGUGAGACUUUUUCUUUCUUUUUCACCGGAGGACAGUGCCUUCAGCUCAUAUCUCACCUGGGAAGGAAGAUUUUCGUUGAUAUUGAAUUUCUUCUUCCUCGCAGAUGUUAGCAACCAGAUGCUGGAACUUUAUGAGCAGAACCACACCAUUCAAGCCUCCCAUGGGAGUGAAGUCGACGGGAGCACCAGCAACCUGACUGCUACUCGUCCGCCAAAAGCGGCAGCAUCGGCAACCAAUGAAGAUGCCGCAUCAGCUAGCAGUCGGCCCCCCGCCGGAGGCACAGCGGCAGACACCAAACAUAGAGCCCCGGCCCAAUCACCCACGAGAUUUCUGUCCGAGCAGUCACACGGUGACGACCAACACCCCCCCCACAGCCAACAAGCGUUAACCCAGGGCAACAACCCGAGGAAUGCCCCCGAGGCGUUGAGUGGGGUCUCGGACCACAACCUGGACAGCGACAGCUGGGAUGCCCACCACCCAUAUCAUCACCGCAGAGAAGUGGCGGAGGCCUCAAGCAAGCCCCAGCCUCAUGCAGAAGCCGACUGGGAGGCUGCCAAGGGCCGCUGCCUCCCCGAUGCAAUCAAGAGGAUCGAUAAGGACAAGGUCAAGGCCGCGCUGGAGAAGAGGAAGCAGUCCCGCGGCAACCUGGCCAAGAGUGCUACUGACCUGAUCGACGAGGACGAUCUCAUCGAGAGGGAGCUCGAGAGCGGUGUCGAGCUUGCCGCUAAGGACGAGAGGACGCAGCAGGAGACCAGGAGGAGCUGGCCCAAGCCCCCCUCCUCUCAGAGGCAAGGAUCCGAAGACCACCCAGGUGCUGACAAGGAAAAGAUCGGCGGCGGGGUUUUUGAAGAUCAGCAACAGCAACAGUCUCAAGGCCGGCAGAACCCCAAGUCUUCUGACCGAGAAAGAGGGGCCCUCCCUGACUCGAGCGUGGACAAUGCAGAGGAAGGGGAGCUCUCGUCUCUCGACUGCCAGGAGCCCCGCCACCGUCCAAAGCCCGACAGGGUCACCGCCAAUGGCAAGAGACAACUGGAAGUGACACAGCAGCGCCCAGAUCGUCCCCACAUAUCCAGGGACUCAACCAGGGACGCCUGGCCCGAACACGUGGAAAGGGACUCCAAGCGGCCGCGGCAUGAGGCCCACGUGUGA